CCGGACGGAACUGAACACUGCAUGUCCUUAUAUGGUCACCAAGYGACAUCCAGAGGGCCCCGCCUUCUCCCGCUGGCUGUGGCCGGGGAAAGCUUGAGGGAAUCAGGAUGCAGUCAGCUCAAAGUGUCGGUCCGACAGCAAAACUCGGACUGAACGGUCCACCUGGGAGAUCAUGAUAGGAACCCCGGGCUUCAGGUGAACCGGGCCGACAUGGACUAAGCGGAGCGGGCAGCGAGUCCCGGUCCAGUCCAGGGCGGCGUCAUGGCGGCACGGUUCCUGGACCGCCUGAAGCGCUCUCUGUUCAAGACCGACCCGGGCGCCGACCCGGACCAGGAGGACGGCGGCCCGGAGGGCGAGGGGCGGGGCUUCAGCGAGGAGCGGUGGGAGGCGGAGCUGGAGGAGGAGGAGUGCGUGACGGAGCGUCUCCGGGGGACGCUGUGCUUCGACGACGGAGAGCUCGGCGGCGAGGACGGCGGCGAGGCGAUGGACAGCGACUCGGACUUCCUGGGCGAGUCGCUGGAGGACGGACCGAGCAGCACAGACGCCAGUCCGGUGGGCGUGUCCCCCGUCGGCCCCGCCCCCUCCGCCCUGCUGACCCGGCAGCUCCAGGACGGCUGGCGGACCCUCCGCGGACUCGGCGGGUCGAGUCCCGACCACGGCGUGAGGCGGCCGGCGGACGGGCUGCUGUUCGAGGUGACGGACGCCAGCGUGGUUCAGGACGGCGCCGCCAAGUACGUGCUCUACGCCAUCCAUGUCAUCCAGUCCGGAGGCAGCGACAAGAUGCCUGCUGUCAUCACCCGCCGCUACUCCGACUUCCAGCGGCUCCACGCCGCUCUGAGGCGGAACUACGGCAGCCAGAUGGAGCGCGUCUCGUUCCCCCGAAAGAAGCUGCGCAGGAACUUCACGGCGGAAACCAUCGCUAAGCGGAGCCGGGCGUUCGAGCAGUACCUCUCUCACUUGUGUUCGCUGCCCGUCCUGCGGGGGGCGCCGAGUGUCCGGCAGUUCUUCUACCUGAGCGACCUGCAGGCCGGCCAGCUGCUCAUCAGAGCCGAACGUUUCCAGGAGGCUUUGGGUCCGCUACUCAACGCCAAGAGACUCCAACACAAGCUGGGCUGGGCCAGUUACCAUGACGAUGAGACACAGGCCCCGCCCCCAGCCUCCUCCCAUUGGUUCUUCACCCUGGUGGGGCUGGCUUGUUGUUUCCAGGAGGUGGAGCAGCUGGAGGAGGCUCUGGAGCACUGCGACCACGCCCUCCACAUGCUCCUGCCCCCUGAGCCACAGGACAAGCCCCUCCCUCUGCAGGACAAGCCCCUCCCACUACAGGAUAAGCUCCUCCCCUUACAGCCAGACGCGGCGCUGCAGUCGCUGGCGCUGCCGCUGCUGCAGGCGGUGAUCCGUCUGUCGUGGCAAACAGGAAGAGACAAGCAGCGGUGGGAGGAGCAUCUGCAGCAGCUGGAGGGGGCGGGGCCAGACGACCAUGUGACCAUCAGGAACUUCCUGGUCAAACACAAACUGCAGGAGAGCGACGGCGAUGGCUGAGGCGGCGCGCAGCGGGAAGCAGAGACUUGUGAACUUUAUUUUGCACAUCGAGUAGAAAAAGCAAUAAAGUGGGAAGAGUUUUUGGUUUUGGAUGGAAAUGAAAUGUGAUCUGAGCCGCCGCCCUGAUUUAGACCCAACAUGGAGGACGGCCUGACUGCUGCUGACGGAACCAACGCCGCAGUUUCUCCUUCUGGGACACGACCUGAAACCUCCUCAGAGUUUCACUUCAGCUUUCAGUCAGACCACCUGACUCUGAUCUGACUGAAAGCAGUUCAACGGCUGCUGGGCGGCGGCGGCGGCGCCCCCUGCAGGAUCCCCAGCCUUCAGGCAGAUGCCUGGCUGCAGUUGCCACGGAGACCCCGAGUGACGACUGGAUGUUGGACAGAAAUAGAUGUGAGGUUUGAUUUGCAUCAGCGGCUAAUGUGACAAUCUGACGGCUGAUUGGUGAACAAAGGAUUAAAGAAGGGAGAAAGUUCAUUCAUUCAUAUGAAUGAAUUUAAAUGUUUACUCCAUAAAUCAUAA